AUGUCAUUGAAACAGGAAAUUGAAACAUGGGUUGCCGCUCUGGACUGUUACGACAAUCACGAGUUCGAAGAAGCCCUGAGACUCUUCAAUGAGAUUGCCGACACUUCUAAGAUCUGGUUCAACCUUGGAGUAAUCCAUGCCACUGUAGGUGAGCAUGAAAAAGCGGUCGCUUGCUAUCAACGAUCAGUUGGGUUGGAUCGGUACCUGGCCAUCGCCUAUUUUCAACAAGGCGUAUCCAACUUCUUACUAGGGGACUUUGAGGAAGCGUUAGCGAAUUUCAACGACACAUUACUCUAUCUUCGGGGGAACACAUCCAUUGAUUAUGAACAGCUGGGUCUCAGAUUUCGGCUUUAUUCAUGUGAGGUAUUGUUCAAUCGUGGUCUUUGCUACAUUUAUCUUCAACAAAUCGAACCUGGCAUGAAAGACAUGCAGUUUGCUGCUAGGGAGAAAGUCACAGAGGACCACGAUGUCAUUGAGGAUGCUAUACGUGAGAAUGCAGAUGGGUACACCGUCUUCUCGAUUCCCGUAGGGACUCUCUAUCGUCCAAACGCCGCCAAAGUCAAGAACCUCAAAUCUAAGGAUUACCUGGGCAAGUCCCGUUUGGUUGCUCAGAUGCAAAAUAACCAUGGCGCAGAGGAUAAUUGGAGACCGAUUGUUAUCGACAAGACAGCGUUCGAAGACCGGGACGGAAUGUCUUAUGCAGCUACAAAUUUGGUCCAUAAGAAUCUGAGCAGCCGCACUCGACAACAAUCAGAACCCCCAUUGAACCGCAACGUAUUUCCCCCAACGCCCCCUCCCGAUGACCGUUCUACCAGUACUGGAUCCACUUCAGGGAGCAGCCACGGCCACCAUCGUUCCGCCUCACUUCGCAAUGCGCGGCCACCCCUACGAUUAGAACUAGAGCGAACAGGCGCAGGCUUGGACCGUCGACCCAGUGGGCCAGAGGCAGCUCCGCUUUCUCAGGCAUAUACAGAGAAGCCGCGCAUUGGCACAACGCGGACAGCAUCGGAACCUCGUGGUCCGGUUUCUCGGCAACAGAAUAUGCGCGGGCGUUCCCAAGAUCCCAAAUUUCACGCUUCGCAAGACCCUAACCGUUCUUGGCCUCCACAAGAAGGACAUCGCAAGAAUCUUAGUGAAAAUGACUUUUCCCCAAGUCAAGAUUACGCACAGGUCGACCAGCAUGACCUAUAUUCGAGCUCUCGCUCCCAUACCAGCUCAGGCUAUGGGCGAGGAAGCCGAUAUCAACCCCCACAAUACAUCAAUGAAGAGGAGGAAUACGCAGAUGAAGUCUGCAAUGGAGAACCCCUAAAAGAGGGAGGCUUUGAGUUGUUAGGCGCUGCACCUCAAGAUGAUUCACCCAUUCGGCAACGACGCACACGAUCACCAGGACAGUUCUCAAGACGAGCAAAUUCCAGACGACCCGAAGUACGAAAAUUCCGGACAAAGGUUCAUGCACCAGAAGAUAUCAGAUAUAUCAUAAUUGGGCCUACAAUUGAGUAUGCGGAAUUCGAAAAUCGCAUUCGGGAGAAAUUCGGGUUCCAACACCCCUUGAAGAUCAAGGUGCAGGAUGAUGGCGACAUGAUUACCAUGGUAGAUCAGGAGGAUUUAGAUCUAUUAUUGAGCUCAGCCCGAGACAUUGCUCGACGGGAAGGGAGCGAGAUGGGCAAGAUGGAGAUAUGGGUCGAAGAGCGAAUCGCCCUUCAUCCAUCUUCAUAA